AUGUUUGAAAAAAUUCUUUAGAGAAUUUUAUUGACGUAUUUUGGUAAAUUUAUCACAGGGUUUGAUUAGACCAAUUUACAAUUAGGAAUUUGGAGUGGAAAUAUUGUUAUAGAAAAUGUAGCUUUGAAACAAGAAAUUUUGGCAGAUUUAGAAUUACCAUUAGAAUUGAAAUUCAGCUCAAUAGGUAGAUUAAUAUUAAAAAUACCAUGGAAUAAAUUAUCAUCUGCUCCUGUAGAAGUAGUAUUAGAAAAUAUUCUAAUUGUCUUCAAUCCCUUGUCUUAAUAACGAUGGAAUAUUGAUGAUUCCAUAUAAAUAAAAAGAAAAUUUAGUAAAUUAUUAGACAAGGCAAAGUAAAGCAUAUCACUUAAAAAGAAAGAGCCAGGAGAGAAUUCUAGUUAUUUUGAGAAAUUAACUCUUAAAGUGAUUGAUAAUCUUUAAGUUUCUUUAAAAAAUAUACAUUUUCGUUUUGAAGAUAAUAAUUAUUCAUUUGGAAUAAAAAUGGAUUCUUUAACAGCCUUAACAACAAAUGAAUAAUUUGUAAUAGCUUUUGUUGAUAGAGGUGAUAAAGAUACAAAGUUUGUACCGAGAAAUAAAUUAAUAGAUUUAUAAUAACUAUAAUUAUAUUGGAAUGCAAAUGAAACAAUUUUUAUAUCUUAAUAUGUUCCAUAAGAAUAACUUAAAAUAUUUGAUUAAGUUAUUUAAAUUAGUGCUUAAUGUAAAAUGGUAAUAAAUCAUAAAGAAAGAUUUGAGAAAGCACAUUAUUUAUUAGAUAUGUAAUUGGAAGAGAUUAAUUUAAAUUUGAAACAUUCUUAAUUAAUUUAAAUGAUUUCAUUUUUGGAAUUAAUUUCUAAUUAUAAUAGUAGAGUAUGGUCUUAAAAAUAAGAAUUAAUGUAAUAAGAUGUUAAUAUUCAUUAAUAAAUAUUUUGUGAUAUCUUCUUUUUGAUUUUGAAAAAUGAUUUAAAAGAAGUUGAAUAAUUAGGUGAUGAAGAUUAAAUAUUACAAUUAAAAACUAUAUUGAGAUUAGUACCAUUUAAAUAAUUAGAAUCUUGGAGUACAAUAGCAUAAAAGAAAUAUUUAUUAGAUUUAAAAGUAUAAGAAUAUUAAAGAUAAAAAUCUAAGAAGGGUUGGUUUAGUUUUUUGGGAGGAUAAACAUAAGAGGAGAUUACUGAUUCUGAAUUAAAAUAAUUAGAAGAUUUUAUAGAUAAUGAAGAAACAAGUUUAGUGUGUAGACCUUCAGAAUCAUUGAAAUUUAAAUUUAUUGCAAAAUUAAAGAAAGCUCAUAUUUAAUUAGUUAAAGAUAAUAAUACUUUAUAAGAUGAAGGAAUAAUUAAAUAAUUAGAAUAAAUAGAAAUAGAUUGGGCUUAAUUUGAAAAUAAAGAUUUUUCAUUUUCUAUGAUUAUUAAGAAAGUUAGUUUAUAAUUGGUAAAAAAUAAAUAAAUGGAACAGAUUUGUUAGCCUACAUAAGAAACAAAUGAAUUUAUUAAAGUAUCUUUAACAAAAACAACUACAAGCAAGGUUUGUAGACUUGAUUUUAGAUUUUUAAUGUAAAGUUUAACAAUAAAUUAUAAUCCUUGUAUAAUUAGAAUUAUUAGAGAAAUUACUGAAGUAAAGAAAGGAGAUUAUGUAGAAUAAACAUUAAAAACAGCAACCUGGAAUCAAAUAGAGAAAAUACAAGAUUCAACAGAAUCUUCAUUGUAAAAUAUUUUAUAAUCAAAUAUACAAUUAAAAAUUGAUGCUAAGAUUUUGGAACCUAUAUUAGAAUUAUCUAUAAAUAGUAAUGAAUUUUGGUUAGUUAAAAUGGAUAGUUUUCAUAUUCGUACAAAACCCUCUAAUUAAUAAGAUUUAUAUGAAAAUUUUGAGAUUUCUAUAAGUAAAUUUAAAUUUUUUUAUUAUCCUGAAAGAUUUGGAAAUCAAAUUUUUCAGAUUUUAAAUGAUUAUAAUCUAAUAGUUUUAGUUUAAAGAUUGAAAAGUAUUCACAAUGAAUUAAUAAUUAAAGAAAAUAAACCAUUAAUCAUAAUUUUAGGGAAACUUGAUCCUAUUAAUAUUAUAAUAAAUGAAAAGGUCUAUAAACAUUUAGUUUAUUUACCAGAAACAAUUUAUCCUACAUUAUCAGAAGAUUAGAGAUUAUAAUAAUUAUAAUUAGAGAAAUAAUUAAUAUUAAAAUAUAAAGUCAAAGAUGGAUUUUUGAAAAGAUAAGGAUAAUUAAUUAAGACAUGGAGUAGUUAAUAUGUAGUAUUAAGUAAUUUUGAUUUAUAUUUUUAUGAUUAAGAGAAGAUUUUAAUGGCAAAUUCAUAAUUAAGUUUAUUUAAUUCUACUUUAGAAUAAUUAUAAGUUGAUGAUUAAUUACAUUCAUUUAAAAUAAAAAAUAAAUAAGGAGAAUAUAUAUUUGCUUGUGAUAAUAAUAUUGAAUUAAGUGAUUGGAUUAAUAAAAUAAAAUUAUAAAUAGAAUAAUAUUAAUCUUAUGAAGAAAUUAAAUAAAAAUAAGAGGAAUAAAUAAAAGUUAAAUAAAAUGAUUAAAUGAAAAUUGAUAUAUCGAUUAAGAAAAUACAAUUGAAAUUAUAUAAAGAAAAUCAUUAUCCAAGUGUUUAUUAAGAACAUCUUUUAUUUUUAUUCUAAUUAAAUAAUUUAAAUUUUUAAACUCUUAAAUAAUAGCAAAUUUAAUAAAUUAUUUAGAUUGAUAAUUUAUCUAUAUAAGAUUGGAUAUUUGAUUAUCAAAAUCCUUAAUUUUAAGAUUUAAUAAUAUUGAGUAAUAAGAUUGAGAAUAAACCUUCUUUGAGAAUAGAUAUUACAGGAAAGAAAUAAUUAAUAAGUGUAGAUUAAUUAUAAAUAAAUUGGAAACCAGAUACAUUUUUAAAGAUAAGAUAAUUAUCAUAAAUAAUAUCAGAUAGGAAAUCAAGAAAAUGGUAUUUUGCAGGAGUUCGAGAUUUUGAAGCAGAUUAAUUAAAAAGAGGAAAGAAUUGUGAUCAUGAAGAAGUUAAAAGAAAUAAAUUAAUUGAUGGAUUAAAAAGAGCAUUUAAUAAAUGUUAAAGAUAUGGUUAAUCAUAAUUGAAAGUUAAAAAUAAAUUUAAUACAUUAAUUGAUCAUUAAAAUUUCUUGAAUGAUUAUUAAUGGGUUGAAGAUGAGAUUUUAUCAUCAUAUUAAAUAAAAAGUAGUAAAGAUACAGUUAUGGAAUUAGAAACUUCUAUAAAUUUUAUUUCUAUUAAUUUCUUUCAUAGAACUAGUCAUUGUUUACUAUUUAAAUGUGAUUUAGAUGAAGUAAAAUUUACUUUUAAAAAACUAUAAUUUAGUUAUUAUUUAGAUACUCAAUUAAAAGAUAUAAGUUUAUAUGAUAUGACUAAUUAUCCCUUUACAAUAGAUAGUAAUUAAGAGUUUCAUUUGAUAUAGCCAUAGAAAUUAGUAGGGAAAAGAGAUGUAUAUGAUGAUUGGGCUGUUAGAUUUAGAUUUAGUGGAUAUGAUGAAAUUAUUAUAGCAAAUUAAGAAAGAAUUAAUGCAUUUUUAUUAAUUGAAAUUAAUCCUGUGUUUGCAAUAUAUCAACAUUAACCUUUAAUGAGAUAAAUUGAUUAUAUAAUAAAUUAAAUAGUUGCUUUGAUAAAAGAACCUGAUGCAUUAACUAUGAAUACAGAAUAUAUUGAAUAAAAAAGAAAGAAUAAUACUAGAUUAAAAGCUAAAAGAGUAUGGGGAGAUAUAGAAUAAAUUUAAUCAAAAUAUAUUUGUCCUACAUUUAUUGAUUUAAGAAUUGUAAUUAAUAAACCAUUGGCAAUUAUUAAAGGAUGGCCUCAUUUUUCUGAAUAUUUUUAAUUAGAUUGUGAGGUUGUAGAAGUCUAUAAUAAAUAAUAUAUAGAUAUGAGUAGAUUAUUAUAAAAAGGUGGUAUUUCAUUAAUAUAAUCAAUUGAAUAAUGGAUGCCUGAUGGUAGAAUUAUUAAGGCUUGGAGUGAGGCUUAUUGUAUUGAAGGACAUAAUAUGUAAAUUUAAUAUUAUGAAAAUGGAAUUAAUUAAGUUAGUUCUUUAUUUGAAUUUAAUUUAUCAUUUGAAAGAGCUUUACAUUAUUUUGAAAUAAAUGAAUUAUAUGAUAAUGUUAAAAUGGAUAGAAGUAUUAGAAUUAGAUCUUGUAUGUCACCAAUACUUUUAAAAUUAUACAGAAAAGAAUACUUGGAAAUAUGCAAAAUGAUUUUUCAUAAUUUUACAAAUGAUGAUUUAAAGGAUAAAUUAUAUAUUCAUGAUUUUGAAGUAAGUAGAUCAUUUGAACCAGCUCCAAUAUCAUUUUGGUUAGAUUUUGAAGAUAUUUCAAUUUUUGCAUUGAGUAAGAAAUCUGAAUAACCAUUGGUUCAAAUCAAUAUGAAAUAAAUGAGAUUAGAAUGGUUAAAAGAGACACAUAUUGAUUUAAAUUUAUUUAGUCAAUUAAUUAGUAUGUAUAAUUAUGAUGAAUAUAAUAAUGAAUUUGGAUUUGUUGGAGAAUUGAAUUUAAAUUAAGAUUAAUAAAAAUUAUUCUAAAUUAAUCAAUUAAUUAAAGGUUAUUAACCAACAAAGUAAAGAUAAGAAUUUAAUAAAUAUAUAUUUGAUUAAGAAUUCAAUAAAGAAUAAUCUUAAUUUUAAAUGUUAUUUCAUAUUUAAAAACCUAGUUCUGAUAAGGAAUGUCAUAUAAUAUUAAGAAAUGUUAGAAUGAUAGUAGAACCUACUGUAUUUGUUAAUGUUGGUUUAUGGAGUAGAUUAGAAUAAUAGUGUUGGCCAAUUCAAACAGAAUUUGGAGAAAUGCCUAGUAUUAAAUUAAUAGUUGAAAUAUUAAAUUCUAGUUUAUGUUUAUAAGGUUUAGAUAAUAAUUUCAUACUUGGAACAAAGGGUGAUAUUUCAUAUGUUUGGAAUAGGAGUAGAUUUUUACAUCCAGAACAAAUAAUAAUAAAUUUAAAAAAGAAUUAAUUAGAUAAAAAAUUAGUAGAGAUUAUUGGAGAUGCAUUUGAACAUAAAGUAAAUCUUAAGAAUUUGGAAUUAUUUAAAUGUAAAUUUGUAGAUUAUAUAAAUUAUGAUCUAAAAUAAGUUAGAAAGAGACAUAUAAUAUUACCAUUUUCAUUAUUUUUUUGUUUGAAAAAUGAAUUAUAAGUUGAAUAUAGUAAAUAGUUCAUCUAUUAUCAUAAUAAGUUUUCAUUUCAUAUAGAUAAAACUAUAUGUAAAUUUUCAUAUUAAGAUUUACUAUUAAUAAUGAGUAUUUCAGAUAAAUUGAAAUCUAGCAAAUAAGAAGUUAUUCGUGAACCUAUAUAUGAAUAAGAAGAUAUUGUGAAUUAAGAAUAACCAAUCAAUAAUUUAUAUGAUGCUAUUAUAAGUGGAUUACAAAUUGUUGUAAUAAAUGAUGCAGGAGAAGCAUAUGUUCCAGUAUUUGAUUUGACAUUAUCAGAAACUCAAUUACAAUUUUAGAAAGUUAAUACAAAAUCUAUAUUUUCUACUGUUAUUAAAUUAAGUAGUUCAUUUUAUAAUCCUAAAAUUGCUGUUUGGGAACCUAUUUUGGAGAGUUGUAAUUUUUCAGUUGAUGUUUCUUUAAAUCCUAAGGGUGAACCUUAAAGUAUCAUCUUUUUAGAAAUGACUUAGGAAUAAUAAACUAUGAAUAUAAAUUUAUCUGCAUAAAUGAUUAGUGUAUUUCAUAAAACAUUUAUAUCUUGGAAAUAAGAGAUGGAAGAAAAUAAAAAAGAGAAAUUAUCAAAUUUAGAUUAAUUUGAUAAAUAAUUAGAAAAAUCUAUAAGUAUUUAAUUAGAUAAGUCAUUAUAAAAUUUGUAAUAACCAAAAUAAAAAUUACAUGAAUAAAUAUUUGAAGAUGAAAGAGUAGAUAAUGUUGAUUAUGUUUCUCCUUAUACAAUUAGAAAUGAAACUGGAUUCAUACUUGAAAUUAGUGAUACUAGUAAUAUCAAUAAGAAAUAUAUAUUAUAAUCUAAUUAAUCUAUUAAUUAUGAAAUUGAUGCUGAUUUUGAUUAAAUGUUUGGAAGAGAAAGAGAUGAUUUAUAAUAAUAAUAAUAAAGAUUAGUUACAAUUAAAGUAAUCCAUAAUAAAUAUUAAUUUGAACCUAUGAAAUCCAUAGAUCUAGAUUGUAUUAAAGUAACAAGAUGUCCAAUUAAACCAUAUAAUAGAAAUACUGAUAAGAUAUUUAUGUUAUUUGUUGAAGUAGUACCUAAAGAUACUAGAAAAUUACUCUUAAUAUCUUCUGAAACUAUUAUCUUUAAUUAAACUAAUAUGGUUAUAGAUUUAUAAUUAUUUGAUUUAUAAGGAGUCUAAGAAUAAAAUAUUUAUUAAGCAUAAAUUGAACCAUAUCGAGCUUUUAGUGUACCUAUUGAUAGAACUAGAUAAUAUUUUAAUUUUAAAUUCUAAGGUCAUCCUAAAUAUAGCAAUUAUAUUAAUUUAAGAUAUUUAUCAGAUAAUAUAGAAAAGAAAUAUGAAUAAUAACAUAAUGAUUAUUAUACAAUUAUUAGAUGUUCUAAAAGAAAUGUUAAUUAAACAUUAGUUUAUUUGGAAUCUCCUUUUUAAAUUAAAAAUUGUCUACCUAUUCCUAUUUAAUAUGAAUUGUAUGGUGAUUCUGAAUAAGACUUAUUAACAGAUUCUAUUAUAAUAUAAUAAUAAAUUGAUAAUGAAUAAUCAAAUCUAACUAAUGUUACACUUAAACAUCUAGAUAAAUAUUAAUAUGAACAUUUACAUUAAAAAGAAAAAGGAUAAAUUAUGAAAUAGGAAUAAAAAUUAAUACAUACUAUUUCAUCAAAAGGUAGAUUAGCAAUUACUGUAAAAUUACCAUUUUUUUAGAUUUCAGGAAUACAUAUGUUAUAUCAUGCUAAAUUUGGUCCUUUUUAAGUUGAUAAUAUUUAAUUAUGUGAUUAUUUUGGAAAUACAAAUGGAUAUGUAUUAGUUGAUCAAAUCAAAAAUGUAUUUUAUAUAUAUUGUUAAUAAAUGAUUGUUAAUGAAUUACCUUUUAAAAUUUAUUGUUAUGGAGUAACAGACAUAAAGAAAGGUAAUCCAACUAUAAUAGCUGGUUAACCAAUGAAAGAUUUGGAAGAGAAUGAUCAAAAUGAUACUCAUAAUAUAACUUUAUUUAAUGAUUAAUAAUUUCUAUCAUUUUCAAGUAGUGAAAAUUAUACUUAACUUUCUGAAACUUUAAAUUUAAAUUAUACAGGAAAUUAAACAGUUCGUAUAUCAAAUGAUUAAAAUUAAAUUAUAGAAGUUGGUUAUAAUAUAUCUUUAAUGUGUGUAGAUAAAUCAAAACCAUUAGUAACUAAAGUAUUAACUAUUUCUCCAAGAUUUAUAAUAGUUAAUUAAACUCAAAAUACUAUUCAUAUAUUAUAAGAAUCAAAUACUUAAUAUUUGGAAAUUAAAUCUAUGGAUAGAAAACCUUUAGUUUGGUAUUCAUUACGUUAUUAAUAUAUUUCUAUUUAUUAUUAAGAUGAAUUUAUUGAAUGGUAACCUACUAAUCCAAUUGAUCCAAAUGGUAAUGGAUUCUAAUGUUUUACUAUAAGAGCUGCAAAUAAUUUAUCAACUAUUAAACACUUUAAUUGUAUUACAAAAAGAGAUAAUUAAAUAAUAUAUUUAAUUAUUUUAGAAUGUAAAUCAAUAGUUACAUAAAAUUCAUUAUAUGAUUAAUCAUAAAGAAAUUCUAUUAUUUAAUAAUAAUAAUAAUCAUAAAUUUCUAAUAUCAAUUAAGUGGAUCCUCCUUAUGUAAUUGUUAAUAAUUUAGAAUUAGUGACAUUAAUUUGUUAUUAAUAUUGUUGUUCAGAUGAAAAAUAUAGUCAUCGUUAUUAAUUCAAUGAAUACAAAUUAUAUAUAAAUAAUAACUAAUAAUGUGCAUUUUCAUGGGAAUAUCCAUGUGAAAGAAGAGAUUUAGUGAUAUAACUUUAAUUUGAAGGAGAAUUAAGUACACAUUAUAGAGUAAACCCAAUUUUUAUUAAUCUUGAAGAAGCAGAAGCUGUUUAAGAGUAUGUCAUUUCAAGUGUAUUAAAUGAAUCAGAAUAAUAUAAAUUUUAUAUUAUUUCACUUUGGGAAGGUGCUAGUAGAAAAUUAAAAUUCUAAUAAGAAGUGCAAAAUUAAUAAAAUUAACAUGAUACAAAUAUUCUUAAAUUAGAUAUUAAUUUAAAUUAAGUAGGUAUUUCAUUAAUAGAUUAAUUUUAUAAAAAAAGAGUUGAAUUAAUUUAUGUUUAUUUUAAAGGACUUGAAUUUAAUUUAUUAUAAACAACAUAAAGUAGAAAAUCUGAAUUCAAAGUAAAAUACAUUAAUAUUGAUAAUAAUACUUCCAGUAAAACUAUGUUCCCUGUUAUUUUUACUCCUACUAAAUAUAAGGAAAUCUUUGAAUUUAAUAGAUCUCAUUUGUCACUCAUACUUGAAUAAUCUACUUAAGUUAAAUCUAUUUCAUUAAUUAAAAAUAUUAGAGCUUGUCUUUAACCUACAACAAUUAGAUUAACUUCUGAAAUGUUAGAAUAACUUUAUUCUGUUUAUAAAUAGAUUACAUUAUCAUUUAUAUCCAAUAUGAGAGUAGAUGAUUAAUUAAAGUAAUUUGAUUUUGAAUAUGCAAUCAGUUAAGAUGAAUAAUAGAAUUUACAAUAAACAAAUAGUUUAACAUUAUCUAAUAAAGUCUAAAAUAAAUAUGGAGUUGGAUCUUAUGGAAUAUAAAAUAAAAUAGAAUGGUAGGAAUUAAAGAUUGAAUUAAAUGAUUAAUAAGCAACAUAUAUCAACAAAAUUGAAAUAUAUCCUCUUAAUUUUAAUUUAACAUUUUAUAGUAGUGCAAAGACAAAUUUACAAUAUAAUAUGUUAAUGUAGAUAUUAAAGACUAUAGGUAUUGUUAUAGGAAAUAUUGAUGAAGCUCCUUUAAUAUUAGCAGGUAUAUUUUUAGAAAAUUCAUUUGAUACAUCUAAUGCUAUUCUUACUAAAUUGUCUACUCAUUAUAAAGAUAUGCUUUUUAAUUUAAUUUUAAAAUUAAUAGGUUCUAUUGAAAUAUUUGGUAAUCCAGUUGGAUUAGUAAAACACUUUGCAAAAGGAGUUUAUGAUCUAUUUGACAAACCAAUUGAAGGGUUUAUUAAAGGACCAAUUGAAGGUGGAAUAGGUAUAGCAAAAGGAGCAGGAAGUUUCUUAUAGAAUACAAUAAGUGGAAUAUCUAAUUCAACAAGUAAAAUAGCUGGAAGUAUAAGUGGUGGUUUGGCAUAUAUUAGUUUGGAUAAAUAAUAUAAAUAAGAGAGAGAAUAAUUUAGAGUUGUAAAACCUAAUUAAUUAAUAUCUGGAAUCUAUUUAGGAGGAAAAUUAUUAUAUGUAUCUGUAACUAGAGCUGUUGUUGGAGUGUUUGAUUUACCAGUUAAUUAAGCAAAGAGAAAAGGAAUGAAAGGAUUAACUAUUGGAGUACUUGAAGGUACAGCUGGGUUUUUUAUUAAGCCAUUUGCUGGAGUAUUUGAUUUUGUAAGUAAAACAACUGAUGGAAUUAAAGCAACUGCUCAAUAUUGGGAUGAUAAGGCAAAUGAUAAGAGAACUAGAGAAAUUAGGGUAAUUUAUUAGUAAGAAUAAUUAUAUAAAAAUUAUAAUGCUAAAGAUGCCAAAAUUAUGUAAUUUUUAAUUAGUAUGAAUAAUAAAUUAGAAGAUUAUUAUUAUUAUGAUAGUUUUGAAUAUGAAUCUGGAGGUACAGAAUUAGUUUUUGUUUUAAUGUAUUAACAAUUCUUCAAUUGUGACAGAAAGAAAAAAUGUAUCAUUUGGCAGAUUGAUCCAAACAGUGUUUAAGAUAUUUAAAUGAUCGAUGAUGGUGUUUUGUUUUUGUUAAAAGAAUACAAUGAAAAGUAUAAAGUAUUAUAUUCCUAUUUAUUCAAUAGGCUAAACAAGUGCAAUUAUAUAUGACAUAGUAGAGACAAAUGGAAUAAGUGAUAUUAAAAUCUUAAUGGCUCUUGAGUAAUAUUUGA